CCCGUCUUGAACCGUCUGUCGCGUGGCCGCAGCCAAGUAUUUCAAAACACUCGCUGCGAUUCCUGCGCCUUUUGCGCACUUGGUCCAGGGCAGAUGCUCUCCCGCACUUUUGCUUCUUUGCGGCCGCUUGCGCCCAGCAUCCGACAUUUCUCGGCAGUGAAGCUGCCGGCGGACUCCAAUCAAGCACAGGGCAUCGGUCAAUAUGCCAAGGACCUUUUGGAGGGCAAAUUUGGCGACAAUGUGGAUGCUUCAGUCUACGAGCGGGUGGAGAUGUUUCACACAGACUCCGUCAUGUGUGGCAUCUCGGCGUUGGCGUUGAAGACCAAUGCACCGACCAUUCUGCGAGAAGAGGCUUUGACCUAUGCUGAUGCUAAAGGAGCCACAGUCUUUGGCAGCAGCGCGAAGUGCGCCCCAGAGAAGGUCAUUGCAGCGAACGCCUCCGCAGUCAGAGAAUGGGACUCCAACGGCACUGUCUUUGGAUUCAACCCAAGCAUUCCUGGACAUGAUGCAGGUGAGUUUGGGCACAACGACUUCUAUCCAGUGGUCAUGGCAGCAGCACAGGUGACUGGGCAGGUAGAUGGCAAAAAGGCUCUGCUGGCCAUGAUCGCCUUGGAUGAAAUCCGCGGACGCCUUGCAGAGGUCUUCAGCCUGAAGAGCUACAAAAUCGACCACGUUGUGCAUGGUGCCAUUGCAUCCGCAGCUGUGUACGGUGCACUCCUGGGUGCUAGCGUUGAAGAGAUUGAAAGUGCCAUUGGCAUGGCAGUAGCACAUUACAUUCCCUUCCGCGCCAUCCGCGCAGGCAAGCAGCUCUCUGACUCCAAGGGCGCUUCGGCUGCCAUCUCUACUGAGGCUGCAGUCCUCUCUGUGCGACGUGCCAUGCGAGGCUUCGUGGGCCCCAAGGAUAUCUUCCGCAAUCCGGAGGCGAUCUUUCGCUUCUUCGAGCCAACGACAGGAACAGGAAAGAGCAAGGACAACAUCGACAUCACCUUGGGCAACAAAGUGCGGUGGGGCCCUGGACCAAGUCCUUUCAACCUCAUCCUGUCCCACAGCGGUGAUGAUUUUGCAGUCAUGGGCAUGCACUUCAAACUUGGCCUCUACGAGCAUCAGUCAGCUGGGGCGCUUGAGGGAGCAAUCAAUGCAUUGGUGAACAACCCUGAGCUGGUUUCAGGUGGUGUUGAUGGCAUUGCUGGUAUCAACAUCAUUGCCUACGAGCCUGCCUUCGGCAUCAUUGGUGAUCCUGCCAAGAAGGACCCCAAGACCAGACAGUCGGCCGACCACUCCAUGGCUUUCAUCGUCUCUCGCAUUUUGCAGAAGGUCUUGAAGACGGGCAAGGUGCCAGGAACAAUGGAUGAGGCUUGGAUGGAACUGAUGUUGUCGCCAUAUGACUAUGGAAAGGAUGCGCUUUAUGAGAAGGACACCCGUGCAUUGAUGGAGAAGAUCACGUUUUCUCAUGGUGGGCCUGAGUAUGAUGCCAAGUACCCUGAUGGCAUCCCCACAGCCAUCGACAUCACUCUGAAGAGUGGUAAGGUGAUUAGCAGCGGAAUGGUCAUGUACCCUUCGGGUCAUGCUCGAAAUGCCACCGCAGAUUUGAAGAAGAUCUUGCAGCACAAGAAUCGCAUGUUGGGCGACAUCGUGUUCCAAGAUCGUGCCACGGUGGAUCAGUUCGUGAACAGAUUGGUGACAAUGAAGGAUGCAUCAGCAGCAGAUGCCUGCAGCCUUUACGACUUCGACUUCAGCAAAAUGAAGCAGCAUGACUGUAUCGAUGGAUGAGUGAUUCUUGACAGCUGCUCGCUAAACCGAGCGCUUGACUGGGGGGCAAAAGUUCUUGAUGUUCA